GAGGAAACUGCUGUUCUGUUUCCGCUUGUAGGAUUGACAGAUGACAUAUGAUUGAAACGUGUUCUUUUUAACCUCUUUUGUGAAGUAGACGAUCAUUCAUUACUGUGAAGCAAGCACAUUUCCAAGAUGCAGUUGUGUAUUCGAGGACAAAAUACUCAUUUUCUUGAGUGUCAAGAAUCUGAAACUAUUGGACAAAUCAAGGGGCGCAUUGCUUCUUUGGAAUCUUUGAAAGAUUCUGAAAUCAGUCUCUAUGCUGCUGGAGUCCCAGUUUCUGAAGACAGCCUUGUUUCCUCCUUUGAAAAUGUUGCUAUUGAGUUGACUGUUGGCCUUCUUGGUGGUAAAGUGCAUGGAUCUUUGGCUCGUGCUGGUAAAGUGAAGGGUCAGACCCCCAAAGUAGAAAAACAGGAAAAGAAGAAGAAGAAGACUGGCAGAGCAAAGAGGCGCAUCCAGUACAACAGGAGGUUUGUCAAUGUGGUGGCAUCUUUUGGACGCAGGAGAGGACCAAAUUCCAACUCUGCACCUGCUUCCUAGGUUGGACAUAGAUAUGUAGCUUCUUAAGUUUGACAUACCUAAAUUAUGUAGCAGCAGGAUAUCUUUGUUGCUUGAAAAUAAAUACUUUUCAUUCAUAA